GUGUGAAAACAGUAUUUAUAUAGGUUAUGAAAAAUGAACGUUAAGAAAUAUUUAUAUACACACACACACACACAUUAAAACUUCAAACUUGUCUCUGGAGUCUCUGGAUGCAAUAUAGCGCAUUUAUCUGUCAAUCAUGGCGGAUAACACAUCAUUCGUUACUAUCUCUGGUGCUGCUCUUUCUUAUUUAAUUUAUGAAAAUGUCAAAACUGUUAGUGAUCAGAUGGGAUUUUUGGUUGGUGAAGUCUUGACGUAUGUUACCAAAAAAGUAACUGAUACAGACAGACAAGUCGAUUCCACGGAACUGCAUAUCAAUAUCAGAGGAGUUAUGCCGCUGUUGUCAGCUGAGUCAAUUUACAAUUCGGUUGGAAAAAUUGAUGAGGGAAAAUUGAAGGAGUUUGUCAAUGGCAGAGAAAAUGAAAUUGUUGGGUGGUAUCGUUUUAGAUUAAAUAGCUCGCUGUUUCCUUCUUUGCGGGACAAAGUAUUACACAAACAGUUUGAGAAUAUAUUUUGUGAUGAUGAUAAUGAUAAGCAGCAUUUUAUUGCUGGCAUGCUGAGUUACAAUGUCACCGAAAAGAAAAAUACUCAUAAAUUUAGACUUGUGCUUUCGCAUAAUAAAAAUGGGAAUCAUCAUCCAGUGCAACUAAAAAUUAAUAAUUUGGGAGCAGAUGCAUCUAGAUUUGACGGGUCUGAUUACAAACCAACACCUAUCAAGCGUGUUAAUGCUGUAAAAGAUCAUUUUUCUAGACUAGUUGAUAAAUUACAGAUUAAUUUCGUGAAAACUCCAGCGUACGAUUCUAUAGUAACGAUAUCCCAAGCAGCGGAGCGUCAUCUCAAGAAUCUAGUUGCCGCAGUAUUACAAUCAGAUCGUGAGUUGCUCGAGUUAGAAAAUGAAAUCAAGGAGCUGCAAAGAGAAAUCGAAAGUACCCGGUUGCAAAACACAGAGCCAAUGCACAUUGAUAAUUACCCAAGCGGUGAACCAGCGGAGAUGAUAAAGAAGGGCUUGGAAGACUUCAGCGGUAAAUCUUAUCAAUUUUCCAGCGAGGUAACUGUUACUAAAGUUCAGAAUAAGAAACCCAAUGAAAGUCAGAUUUUAAGUCCCUCAGUAUCAUUAAAUAUUAAUAAUAAGUGUUUAAAUAAUGAAAAUUUUAAAAAGUCUCAGUCUCAGUCUCCAGUUCCACGAUCUUACAGUAGUGCGGCUAAAAAGUCCUUUGAUAAAUCAGACUGAUUGUAGUACUUAAAUUAAGCUAUAUAUUUUUCAUUAAUUAUUAUUUCUUUUUAAUUGUUCAAUUCAGUAAUUAUUAAAUUUAAAGUUUAAACUUGUCUAUUAUCCAAAGAAGAUUAUUAAAAAAAAAUUUAAGACCUGUAAGGAUUGUUGUAAAUAUUUCUUACGUUGAAAUAAAAUAAUUUAGUCUUCA